UCGUUUAUAUCAAAAAUAUUUUGAUUGAAACUAGUUUUUGGAUGUUAAAAAUGGAAGAUAAUAGAAUUCCUCAAAAGGUAGACACUCAUAUAGUUUUACCGAUGGAAAAGGUAGAAGAAGAAGACGAAUCUUGCAGAGAAAAAUGUCAUAAAAAUAUGAAAGAAAAUCUUAUUUUACUUCUGUUGUUUGGAUCCGUUGUUUUUGGAUGUGGUUUUGGUUUUAUCAUACGAGCCUCUACAACAAUGACGAAGAGAGAAAUAAUGUACCUCCAAUUUCCAGGAGAAAUUUUAAUGCGGAUGCUGAAAAUGUUGAUUUUGCCUUUGGUUAUCUCAAGUUUGAUAGCCGGCAUUGCAGGACUUGAUGCCAAAGCUUGUGGAAAAAUUGGACUUCGUACCAUGUUAUAUUUUGGAGCAACAACUUUUAUGGCCGUGGUUUUGGGGAUAAUUAUGGCUGUCACAAUUCAACCGGGUAGAGGAGCAAAACGUACAGAUCUGGCACGAUACGGAAGCACAAAAAAAUUACACGCUUCAGAUACAUUUCUUGAUCUCAUUAGAAAUAUGUUUCCUGACAACUUGAUUGUGUCCUGUUUUACUGGUUACAGAACUAGUCUUCAGCCAGAAAACCAGACAAAGACGGUAAUCUAUUCGACAAAUGACACAGAUUUUAUUGACAACUUAGCCAACAUAUCUAAAUAUACAGACAAUAUGGAAACUCUUGUUCUCAACUUUACAAAUGGCAGCACCAUAGUUAAAAAAGUUGUAACAACAACAAUUGAUAGUCCUGUUUCCGGAGAAACUGGACAAAUUAAUAUCCUAGGAUUAGUAGUAUUCUCCGUGUUGAUUGGUGUCGUUUUAGGUCGGAUGGGACACAAAGCCAAACCUAUCGUGGAUUUCUGCACCUGCUUGACAGAUGCAUCGAUGAACCUUUUUGUCGUUUUUAUAUGGUAUUCUCCUAUUGGAAUAGCGUUUUUGAUUGCUGGAAAGAUAGUUGCAAUGGAGGAUUUCGGCAUACUUCUAACACAAGUUGGAUUAUAUUUCCUGACUGUGUUGAUAGGCCUAUUGAUACAUGGAACACUUAUACUUCCUGCUUUAUUUUUUAUAUGUACACGGAGAAAUCCUUACAAAUUCAUUUACGGCAUUCUACAAGCGAUGGCAACUGCAUUUGGCACCUCAAGCAGUUCUGCAACAAUGCCAGUUACCCUCCAUUGCUUGGAACAUAACAAUGGCGUAGACCCUCGAGUGGCUGGUUUCGUCAUUCCCGUUGGUGCAACAAUUAACAUGGAUGGAACUGCUCUAUAUGAAGCUGUUGCUGCACUUUUUAUCGCACAAGUCAAUAAUGCAACCCUCAGCUUUGGACAAAUAGUCACAAUCAGCAUCACUGCAACUGCUGCAUCGAUAGGUGCUGCUGGUGUUCCACAAGCUGGAUUGGUUACCAUGGUAAUUGUCCUUGCAGCAGUGGGAUUACCAACGGAGGAUAUUACAUUAAUACUAGUUGUUGAUUGGUUUUUGGAUCGUUUCCGCACAAUGACAAACGUAACUGGUGACAGCCUAGGUGCUGGAAUUGUUUAUUACUUGUCAAAGAAUGAACUACCUCCGCUACACACAGAAGAACAGGAAUACGAAAUGCAUGUUGCUUCUAACAAGAGAAAAAGUGUUCCAAAUGGUACCGAUGCAAUGACAGCUGUUUAAGGCAACGAAUUCGUGAAUAUUCUACUAUGUUCUUGUUUUAUUUAAAAAUAUAAGACAUAACAAUAAGUCAUUUAAUCAUUCAUAUUGCAUACAAACCAAUUAGGUGAUGAGUAAAAUAUUUGAAAAUAUACGAAGUUUAGUGUUAUUUAUAAUAACUUUAUCUAUUCAUAUCAAUGAAAAGACAUGGAACUUAUAUAGAAAAAAAUUUGUCCAAC